AUGAAGAAGAAUCACACUGUGUUUUGGAGCAUCAUGGAGGAGGUUCGACGAGUUUUAGCGCUUUUCCUGAGAGAUAUAUUGUCAAAUAUUACUUUUACCAGGCUGUAAUGUUACCAUGUUUAAUAAGGUUCUAUUGGGUGUAAUAUUGUGGUAGGGUAAAAGUAAGGAAGUAGUUUUCCCUGGUGAAUAUUGCGAUUUGGACGUGUAUCUGUGACAUGUGGAGUCGAGCUAGCUGUCACUACUAAAUGAACAUAAACAUGUCGUGGACCGAACGACAGGGACAAGUGGGAGAUCUGACAAAACACAGCAAACAAGACCUUCAAGAGCUUCUGCUGCGACAAGAAAAGAUUCUUUCUAACACAAGACUUAUACAGACACUUCCGGACAAAGGGGAAAAAAUUAAGGAGUUUGCAGUGAAAAUACAACAAGCGCUUAAACAUCAUGAAGAGGCAGAGAUAAAACAAAAACUUGUAUCUGAAGCCAGGAUGGGGUUUCAGUCCAAAUAUCAACAAGCUUUUACUAUGCAACAACGGCCUGCUCAGAACACAUCCUCAGCAGGUGAUCCAACACAAGUGUGUUUUUUUUCAUCAUCUGGUAAAUCUGCAGAGACAACAGAUAAGACCCAUGCUCCAGAGACUGGACUUGUGGAGGCCAUGGAGAGGGUCACGCUCAGCAAUGGUUCAAGUGGGGAUAGCAACCAACAUCAGAGGAGAUCAAUUGAGAAUUAUUUUAUGAAUACUCCAGCAAAGCCUCACUAUUUAAAUGUUAUAGAAAAGUUUGAAAAUAUUCAAUCAUCAAGAAAGUCAAAAUUCAAAACUAAUCAGCUGCCAAGCAAAGACAACAUUUCUCCUUCAGGUUCAUCGUCUCCUAGUCAAUCCUCCAGGACGUCCUCCCCUCUCUCUGCACAAGCACGAAGGGAGCGUGACAGGAAACACCUGGAUGACAUCACAGCUGCAAAACUGCCUCCUCUGCACAACAGUCCUGCCCAGCUACUGUCACUGGAAGAAUCAGCCAUCCUCCUUAAACAGCAGACCAAGAAACAACAGGAGUUACAGGCCAAGCUGGCAGCCCAGAAGCUGUCUGAGGGAUUGAAGAUCUCUAUGGGGAGUUACACUCCUGACGGUGGCCCCAUGGCUGCCUACAGAGAGGUUCAUGAUGAAGGAGCCCAGCUCUCCUCAGAGGAGGACUGAUCCUGGGAGCCCAGAAAUGGGGAAACCAGUCUGACCUUGGCCCUGAGAUAAACAGGCUUAGGACCUUGCAAUCAAAACCCAUCAAACUGGAUUUCCACUCCAAGGACAAACAAUUCUCAAAGAGGAAAAGAGUCUUUGCCCGGUGUGAAGGAGGCUGAAUGGCAAGUUAAAGAAGUAGCUUAGUUAACUGUCAGUCAGUCUGCUACAGGCUGUUGUUUCUGUCCUAAGGAAGUAUAAUACCUGCUGCCCGAGUGAGGCCCACAUGCUACAUUUAAUCAGUGGAAUAUUUCUCAUCAUUAAACAUAGGAGGCACUGGCUUUCUGAGGCCCACUUGACUUCAGUGGUGCAUGGCCAAUGUCAUGGAGCUGUUUACAGAAACAUGGUUGAACCAGUCUAAUGUACAAUUUAUUCAGUCAGAAAUUCUCAAAAUUUCAGCCGUUUGUCAGGAUGCUUAUUUUUUUAACCCUUAAAUCAGUCAUGACUUGGCAACAAUCAAAUUAGCUAUUUAUAUUUUUUGUUAGUAAAUUUAACUUCAAAAUGAUACUAAGUGUUAUCCCAGUUGAUUAUGUUUUUGUAUUGCUUUCCACUUAAAAACAUGAUGUUUGAUUUGCAGAAUAAAAAUAUUUUAUUUUUUUAUGAACCAUC